CAAACUAGAAAGGGGUGGAACCUGACUCGCGUAGCCAGCGCCGCAACCGCGGCUGUCACUGCUGCAGUCUCCGCCAAUUCUGUCUCUGCCUGGCUGAGAAGAUGACCGUGGGGAGGCCUGCGGGAGCCUCCGACGGCGCUCAGUGGAGCCGUCAGAUAUUUCCCCCCAAAUCCUCCUCAGACACAGAGGCAGAAGAGGAGCUGUCUGGGGAUGGGCUGGUUUUGCCCAGGGCUGGCAAGCUCAGUGAGUUCCUCAGCUCAGAGGAGGAAACAGAUUCUACUUCUGACUCAAGUGGGAGCUUUUACGAGACCCUGCAGGCUCUAAGGCAAAAGGGCAGGUGGUGCCUUUUGGAAUCCCUUUGUCCAUCUGACCCAGGCAGUGGUGAGAGCCUGUCUGAAGAUGAUGAGGACCUGGAGAGUUUCUUCCAAGACAAAGGCAGGGGGAAGCCGCAGGUGCAGUGCCCUCCGUCUCCGAGGUGUGGCUCCAUGAGGCGCUGCAGCUCCUUGAGCAACCUGCCCUCCGACGUUCCCAAGGUUCAGGCUCAGCCACCCUUGGGCUCCAGGCCUCCCUCCCAGCACAGAAGCAUCAGUUCCUGGGCCUCAUCCAUCACCGUCCCUCAACCGUUCCGUAUGACGCUGCGUGAGGCCAGGAAGAAGGCCCAGUGGCUGGCCUCUCCUGCCUCCUUUGAGCAUGAGAGGCAGCAAGCCCAGAAGCAGGGCCAGGAGGAGGCCGAGUGCCACCGGCAGUUCCGGGCACAGCCUGUGCCUGCACACGUCUACCUGCCCCUCUACAAGGAGAUCAUGGAGCGCAGCGAGGCCCGAAGGCAGGCAGGGAUCCAGAAGAGGAAGGAGCUGCUUCUCUCUUCCUUGAGGCCCUUCAGCUUCCUGGAGAAGGAGGAGCAGCGAAAGAAAGUCGCUCAACAGAGGGACUUGGCCACCACAGCUAAGGCCAAAGUCCCCAGGCAGAAGGCCACCAGAAGGAUCCCCAAGUCCAUUCUGGAGCCAGCCCUCGGGGACAAACUCCAGGAAGCUGAGCUCUUGAGGAAAAUUCGCAUCCAAAUGAGAGCCCUGGACAUGCUCCAGACAGCCUCCUCCCCCAUCGCCUCCUCCAGGAGCCGGACUGACCCACGGCCUCGAACAGCCUCCCGAACCCAGGAGGAAAAGCUUGGCUUUCUGCAUACUGACUUUGGAUUCCAGCCUCGGGUGAAUCCUGCUGUUCCUGACUAUGAAGGCCUUUACAAGGCCUUCCAGAAAAGAGCUGCCAAGAGAAGAGACACCCGGGAGGUGACUCGCAACAAGCCCUUCUUGCUGAGAACCGCCAGCCCGCGUCGCACUCAGAGGCCCUGUGAUGCCGCUGCCUCUGAAGGGAGGAGGGAAUCUCCACAGCCACCUGCCACACCCCUGCCAAGGAGUCAUUCUCUGAGUGGCCUUGCUUCCCUCUCUGCUAACACCCUCCCUGUGCACAUCACAGAUGCCACCAGGAGGAGGGAAUCUGCAGUCAGAAUUUCACUUGAAAAAAAGGACAAAGCAAAUGAGAGUACUCACUGGUUGGAGAUGCACAAAAAGAAGUGUCAAUCAAUAUCUAAAUCCGUGACCUUGCGUGCAAAAGCCAUGGAUCCCCAUAAAAGUCUGGAGGAGGUGUUCAAAGCAAAGCUGAAAGAGAAUCGGAACAAUGACCGUAAAAGAGCAAAAGAGUAUAAGAAAGAAUUGGAGGAAAUGAGGAAGAGAAUACAAGUAAGGCCCUAUCUCUUCGAACAAGUUACCAAGGACCUUGCCAGGAAGGAAGCAGAACAGCGGUAUCGAGACACCCUGAAGCAGGCUGGGCUGGACGAAGACUUUGUGAGGAACAAGGGUCAGGGUCACCGGGCUUUACAACGGAGGGAGCAGUCAAAAGUCCAUGAUUGUCCCAGCAUUAAUGAAACUACAAAACUCGGCAUCAGGAAUCCACAGCAGGAUUUAGAAGAAUCUCUAGAACCGCCUACAAACCCCAAGAAAGAACUGGAGCAGCUGUCUUAGGAGUUACCAGAUAAUCUCCGCUUUUGAAUAAUAUCAAGUAGCUAACUUGGGGUUGAGUCAAGGCAGGCAAAACUUGGGUUUUGAGUCAUGGUUACUUUUGGAGAAUGGGGAAAAGAAAAGUAGAUAACAGAAUGGUUCAAGUAAAUCAAAGUGAAGCAGCUCAGUGAAAGAAUCAGAGCUGACUAAGGGUUUUUGCUUUGUGCCUCACACUUAAGCGUAGAGGUCCAGAAAAAAGGGCACAAGCCCAGUACCUACAGGGGCUGGUCAAGAAACAGAUGGGUCGAAACAGCUGGCUGUAAGACAGCAGGAGACAGCAGAGACUGGAGACUAUCAACCCUGCUGGAAUACAGACCCAGAAUUGCCAGAUAAACCACAUUUUCAACAGAACCAGAAAUCUGCAUGUUGGCAACUAAUUUAUAAAUUACUUAAAAAAAAAUGUGUGGGCAAAACAAAACAUUUAUAUAUCAGGUUUAGCCCAUGGGGGAUGACAAGUUUGCAGCCCCUAAUACAGGAUUUCUCAGCCUCAGCACUGUUGACAUUUUGGGCCAGAGGAGCCUUUGUUGGGUGUUGGGAGACAGAGCUAUACACUGUAGGAUGGUUUGCAGCACCCCUGGCCUCUACUCACUAGAUGCCAGUAGCACCCUCUCCCCACUUGUGACAACCAAAAAUGUCUGCAGAUAUUGCCAUAAGUCCCCUGGGUAACAAAAUGUUCUCGGUUGAGAACCACUAGUCUAGUAUAAAAUAAGGUUACUGAAAGCCAAAACUGGCAUUUUAAGAAUACAAGUAAUUAAUAUGAACUCAGUCUAUGUAGGACAGGAUGAUUAUACAUGUCAUUAACAAAUUAAGAACUAUAAUUAUUUUAUUUAAAACAAUAUUAAUUCUUUGCUGUUAAUCUGUUUAGAAUGUGCCACUGUGUCCAUGUGUGUAUUGUAUCAGCAUGAAGUUUAUUUUAAUAAAUUUGAAACCUCUAACAGCCAUGAUUUUCUACUAGUCAGUGAUCUUUAUUUUUCUUUCCACCAAUAAUUUAGAUAUUCUCUCUCAGUAACUCUAAAGGCAGGAUGAUAGCAAGAGUGCCUGCUGUAACAGAAUAACCUUUCUCAUGCUUUUUAAACUGUCUUUCUUGCAAUAUUAAAAAAUAUUAAAAAAAAUCACCAGAUGGUCCUUUCUGGUGAUGACAAGCGUGAUACUCCGAUAACUACCAUGUGGGUUUGCUAGUUGGAGAUGAAGAUGCUCAUGCCAUGUUCCCUAAGACUCCUGAGCUCAGUUUUUACCUGCAUGGACUCCUAAGGGUAAAUCAGUCCCCUACAUUAAAGGGAAAGACUGAACUAUUUUCUCAAUCUCCUAAGAAAAAUUUUGUUUAAAACAAGGAGCCAAAGAACUGACCAACUGUUUUGUUUAUUUAAAGGAAAAGCCAUUGUUCUGAAUCAUGUGAUUUUUAACUUAAAAACAAAAAACAAACAACCUCUUAACAUGCUACUGUAUGUUCCAUGUUCCAUAAACAAAGAAAGCAAAAUGGCCAAGUAGAGGUGUACAGGGCAAGAUAGUACCUCAGCCUGGGCCAAGCAGGGAUUCAAGUAAUUAAUUUUUUGCAGCCCAGUGGCGGAGAGUUUCUUACUCAGGUUGCUAAAGGGAGAAUGUCACAACAGAACUGACAUUACUCCCUUCUCCAAAGCAACAAGGCAUCUUGAAAGCUCAACUUCUUGGUGAAGUUUUAUGGUUGGUGGCAGGAUUUAGUUCACCCAUAUGAAAACUCUUCAUAGGAAAACCGCCCCUCAACAGUCAUACUGGGAAACUUCAG